AUUUUGAAACCCCCAUUUUCUCUCUCUACACAAUCUUCCCUCCAUUGUCUUCCCGCCUCUUACCCCAACCCCACCUAUUAAACUCUAUCCCUUCUCCCUCUCUAACUCCCCUUCUCUCUUUCUCCCUCUCUAUACAUAUUUAUACUUGUAUCUAUAGUUGUAACUGCGCAAAAAUGGAGCGCCGCCUCAGGAGACACUCGUCACCCAAAAGCAGGGAGGCGUACCUCCGCUACUUGAAGCCUGGCGCGUUGGCUCAACUCAGAGACUCGCGUAUCAGCGCCGCCCGUACUCACCGAGUCACUAAAUCGGUCGUCCAGGCUCAGAUCUGUGCUUCUCCGUCCCGUUCUCCCUCAGCUACUUCCCCUGGUUCACCUACGCAGAUCAACGGCCCUCCGUCCUCUCCCUCGUUCUUCUCGAGCCGGAUCUACGGCCCACGUUGCCCUCAAAGGAAGAAGCUUAUGGCUGCUAGAGCUGUUUUUGUCUCUGGCCCGAACUUCUCAGGAACUGGCCUGGAUUCACCCGGCCAGGGUAUGGAUUUGAUUAGUGGAAGUGAAAAUAGUUCCAAUAAUAACAUUCUAGUAGCACAUUGAAUGAAAUGUGAAAUUGCUGUUAGUAGAUUGGUUAUUAAUUUUAGGGAUCCUUUUGUGGAUUAUGUGAAAAAGAAAAAAAUAGAAGCGGAAAAUUCGGUUAUUAUAUUACCCUUUUGGUUCUUAUGUCUUUUAUGCAAUAAAAGCCAUUAAUUAUUCAACCUUGUCA